UUUAUCUUUCUGUACUUGAACCGAUUCAGUCAUUAUUAAUUGUGGGCUCUUCCAAACCGGCUCAAGUCUUCUACAUAUUUUGUACUUUCUUUAACCAAACUGGAUUUUCCUUUUUUUUGAUUGAAUCGAACCGGAUUACACCUCUACAUUGGACCGAACUGUUCCUCUUUCACCUUUUUUGGCUAUUAUCUUCAUUCAUCGGCAAAAUGAAUCCCACCCCUUAUCGUCACUUCUUCCAUCACCGUUUUCUCUUCCUUUGUCACCAUUUUCUACUUUUUUUUAAUUAUCUACCCGUCGCAUAAGUAUAGAUAUAGAUUGCGUCAAUUUGGUAAGAAUAAUGUAUAAGUAUAGAUAGAUAUAGAUUACGUCUCGGACAUUGGGAUUGAUCCCAAGGGGCAACCGCCACAUGAGCCUUUUGGUGUUAGAAGAGCUCAAACGGUUGCUUGAAGAAGCCUUAUAAAUGUGAGCGUUAACCAUUUCAAUCUUUAAUUAGCUUCUAAUCACAAAUUACUACUCUAUAGUGUAUUUAUGUGCAGCAACCAUGCAUGCAUCUUGAAGAACCCAUGUGUUCUUUUACUCCUUUUAAAAUCUUGUUAAACGCCACUUUCUCUCUCUCUCUCUCUCUCUCUCUCUCUCUCUCUCUCUCUCCCCCCUCUAUAACCCUUCUCUCUCUCUCUCUCUACCACCAAAUUAUCUGUGAAAAAUACUAUCUGUUUUGGUAGUUCUACUCUACUAAAAUCUCUCCUUUCAUUGUAUCCUAAAGAACUAUAAUUCCCAUGCUUAAUGGGCUUUUCUGCUUCUUUUCUCUAUGCUCUCUUCUGCUCCGUAAUCUCGUCGAUUCUCGCAGAACAUGUGACAGUUACUGUGAAUGCCGCGACGGCGGUCGCGGAGACGGAUUUUAACUUUGUUUGUGCUACCAUUGAUUGGUGGCCAAAGGAGAAGUGCAACUAUGGGAUGUGCCCGUGGCAUGAGUCCUCCCUCAUCAGUUUGGAUCUCUCAAACCCCAUUCUUCACAAUGCUAUCAAAGCAUUUAAGUCCUUGAGGAUUAGGCUUGGAGGGUCAUUACAAGACCAAGUGGUUUAUCAAGUAGGAAAGAAUCCUCCUAAGUGUCACAGCUUCAAGACGAUCAAGAAAGGAUUGUUUGGUUUCUCACAAGGAUGCCUCACAAUGCGUCGCUGGGACGAGCUCAAUCACUUCUUCAGCAAAACUGGAUCUGUACUAACAUUUGGAUUGAAUGCACUUACUGGGAGGAAAAGAGUGACGAGAAGAGGACUAUAUGUAGGCAAUUGGGACCCAACUAAUGCUCACGAUUUCAUCGAGUACACUGUUUCAAAGGGCGACAACAUCGAAUCAUGGGAAUUCGGAAAUGAACUUACUGGAGACACUGGAGUUGCUGCAAGGGUGAAUGCUUGGCAAUAUGGCAAAGACUUGAUCAAACUGAAGGAAAUUAUCAGCAAAAUAUAUCACAAGAACGACAAGAAACAACCCAAGCUAUUGGCUCCAGGUGGGUUCUAUGAGCCGAGAUGGUUCGCGGAUAUGCUUAGGACGUCGGGACCUAAUGUUGUUGAUGCAGUUACCCAGCAUAUCUACAACCUUGGUGCAGGUGUAGACAGGAAGUUGAUUUAUAAGAUUCAAAAUCCCCAUUAUCUGUCUCGGAUAGCUAGUACUUACAGGCACUUUAGCACCACCAUUAGAAACUUUGGACCCUGGAGCGCUGCUUGGGUGAGUGAAUCAGGUGGUGCUUACAACAGUGGAGGCAAAGAAGUCUCAAACACUUUUGUCAAUAGUUUUUGGUACUUGGAUCAGCUUGGAAUGGCAUCAACAUUCGGCCACAAGGUUUUCUGCAGACAAUCCCUGAUAGGAGGGAACUAUGGCCUUCUCAAUACAACAACCUUUGUUCCCAACCCAGAUUAUUACAGCGCACUAUUGUGGCAUAAGUUGAUGGGUCCUCGUGUUCUCAAAACCAUCCAAAAUGGCUCGCAAUUUCUUCGAGCCUAUGCUCACUGCUCCAAAAAGAAGCCAGGGAUUACUGUCCUGCUUAUCAAUCUCGCAAGAAAAACAGCCUUUGAAGUUUCAGUUGCCAGUGAAUUAUCAGCGAGGAAAAGAGGGACAAGGGAAGAAUACCAUCUCACUCCUCAAGGACGCAAUCUACGUAGUCAUGUGAUGCUUCUUAAUGGGAAACCUUUGAAUCUCAACUGUGAAAAUCACAUCCCUAAAUUGCUUCCGUUGAUUGCUGAAGCUUCUGCUCCAGUACGUCUAGUGCCUCUAUCAAUUGCCUUUGUGAGAUUCAAGGGAUUAACAGCUCCAGCUUGUUCUUGAGCAAGGGUGACUGAUAUUCAAUAAGAUCCUUAUAUAGGACAAUUUUGGAUUGGCAGGUUAUAGAGUUUUUUUUUUCCCUCUUUCCCAGCAAAAGCUAGGUAAAGAGCAUGAGGAUUACUUGUUUCUUUUAUAUGUUAAACAGGUUCACAACUGGGUACAGUGGUUGGUAAAUGAGAAUUUGUAUCGACAAAACAGUAUCAGCAUAA